GCAGAUGCUGGCGCCAUGCUGGUGGACGUUGCAGCCUCUAGAACCAAUGAAGAGCUUCGGAACUUGUCCCUUUCCGGCCAUGUUGGAUUCGACAGUCUCCCUGAUCAGCUGGUCAACAAGUCUACGUCGCAAGGCUUCUGUUUCAACAUCCUGUGUGUCGGGGAGACGGGCAUUGGCAAAUCCACGUUAAUGGACACCUUGUUCAACACCAAAUUUGAGAGCGACCCAGCUACUCACAACGAACCGGGUGUCCGGUUGAAAGCCAGAAGUUAUGAGCUUCAGGAAAGCAAUGUCCGGCUGAAGUUAACCAUUGUUGACACCGUGGGAUUUGGAGAUCAGAUAAAUAAAGAUGACAGCUAUAAGCCGAUCGUGGAGUAUAUCGAUGCCCAGUUCGAGGCCUACCUGCAGGAGGAGUUGAAGAUUAAGCGUUCUCUCUUCAACUACCACGACACCCGGAUCCACGCCUGCCUCUACUUCAUCGCCCCCACUGGACAUUCACUGAAGUCCCUGGACCUGGUGACCAUGAAAAAGCUGGACAGUAAGGUUAACAUCAUUCCGAUCAUUGCGAAAGCGGACACCAUUGCCAAGAACGAACUGCACAAAUUCAAGAGCAAGAUCAUGAGUGAACUAGUGAGCAACGGGGUCCAGAUAUACCAGUUCCCCACGGACGAGGAGACGGUGGCAGAGAUCAACGCGACCAUGAGCGUCCAUCUGCCGUUCGCCGUGGUCGGCAGCACCGAGGAGGUGAAGAUCGGCAACAAGAUGGCCAAGGCCCGGCAGUACCCCUGGGGUGUGGUGCAGGUGGAGAACGAAAACCACUGCGACUUUGUGAAGCUGCGGGAGAUGCUGAUCCGCGUGAACAUGGAGGACCUGCGCGAGCAGACCCACACCCGCCACUACGAGCUGUACCGGCGCUGUAAGCUCGAGGAGAUGGGGUUCAAGGACACGGACCCCGACAGCAAGCCCUUCAGUCUCCAGGAGACGUACGAGGCGAAGAGGAACGAAUUCCUGGGCGAGUUGCAGAAGAAGGAAGAGGAAAUGAGACAGAUGUUCGUGAUGAGAGUGAAGGAGAAAGAAGCGGAGCUUAAAGAGGCCGAGAAGGAGCUGCACGAGAAGUUCGACCUGCUAAAGCGGACACACCAAGAAGAGAAGAAGAAGGUGGAAGACAAGAAGAAGGAGCUGGAGGAGGAGGUGAGCGCCUUCCAGAAGAAGAAGGCAGCCGCUCAGCUCCUGCAGUCCCAGGCCCAGCAGUCGGGGGCCCAGCAGACCAAGAAAGACAAGGAUAAGAAAAAUGCAAGCUUCACAUAAAGCCUGGCAAGCCAAGGACGCUCCGCAUUCGCCUGCUUUGGCAGUAAUAGUGUACCUCUGCCGUCUGUGCCCUUUGGUUUUAUUUUGGUUUUUUGUUUUGUUUUUGUUUUUGUUUUUUUACCCUUCCCCAAACACCAGUAACUCUUAACUCGUUUUGCUGACUGUUUUGUCGGGUGUUGGGAAUGACAGAACAAGGGAGUAACAGCGAGAGCCCUGUGCAUCUGGACAGUACGUGAUUGGCUUUUUGUGAGCCUUCCGAAUGGCAGCAGGAAGCAUGCCUGUUCCUUGUGUGUCGCUUUGGAUCAAGGACCGCGGGGUCAGAGGCUGCCUGCACGACUGACAUGGAGACUUCUCACCGCCUCAGCCGCUGAGCUAAAGCCCUGGGUAGCCAUGAGAACUUGCAUAUCCUCCCUUCCCCACCUCUGCGACCGCACAGACCCUGCACUCACGGUCUCUCCUCCGCACCCCCCCGCCCCAGCCGAGGCAGACGAGUAGGUAGGCAGAGCGGGGAGCCCGCUUCCCCUAGGACUUGUCGCUGGUGUGAGUUCAUCUUCAGCGCUAACGUUCUGCGGCCCGAACUUGGGGGCAUCUGUUCAGACAGAGCGGUGCGAGACUGCGUCUGAACACCCUCUUCCCAGAGUCCAGCCCGGCUGGAGCGGACCGGAGCCAGCACCAGGUGGCGAUGUUCACCAGGUGUGCCGGUGGCCUCGCUUAGCACAGGAGCCUUCUGCUACCGUCAUGGGUUUUCCACCGCCUCCUUACCACUUCCUGACAUUGAGGACUCUUUCCCGAAUGCACCUGUGGGCUCUCAGCAGGCUGCAGGGGAGGACGUGGUGCACGGCUCCGGAAGAGGGGUCGUUCUGGCGCACCUUGACCCUAAUCGUGGCUAGAGAACGCCCGCAGGUUGUGCCGAUGGCGCACUUGCUGUGCAGGGUGCAGCGCACACGUGCGCUUGGCGGUUGAAGCAGGAGGUGGGAAGGAACGCAGCCCAGCGCGGGAGCCCAGCCAGCGGCCCCCAGCCUCACAUCCAACUCGCUUGGGCUCCUUUCCGCAUUUGGUGGUAAAGGCAGACGGAACAGAGCAGCUGGGGUUUCCAAUCCAGUUGUCCCGAAGGUGUUUGCCUCACCUGGGCCCUGCACACACCUGGCUGCACCUGCUCCUUGUGGCCUCAUUGAGGGUCAGGACAGGGACUGUAUCCCUGGUCUGUAUGGGAAAGCACACGGUUCAUCUGGUUUCUGCUAGUCCUCCCUGAAGCCUUUCAUUGGCUUCGUCCUCCCUCCCCCGACCCCUACUCACAAGAUGCCCCAGCUUUCUCUCUCACUUUCUGGUCUCCUGUUUCUUAGAUGGGAGGUACCAUUUCUCACGAACCCAGUACUUGAGCUCUCCGUUUUCCUGUCGGCCUUCCUUAGCCCCUCAGUAAAUAGAGUAGAGGAUGCUGCACCUCCUCUCUCUUGCACAUGUUUUAAAAACUUUGUCUCUAUUGAAUUCCAACAGAGAGAGGUGGCCCUUUCUUUCAUCCUGAGCUGCAGGUAAAGGAUUGAAGGAACGGUCUCCCAUGAAGGGAUGUAGGCUUAAUUAGGCAAAGUAAGGAAAUCCGUUUCAUUGCAGCCCGAGCUAAGCUGGGAACCUGCAAACUCGAAGCAGCAGCUGUUUUUACGGGUUCGCAGCAACUGGACCAGUGGUUUUGUUUGCGCUUCUUCUGUUUUUGCUUCGUUUUACUAGCCGUGGACUGGAGCUAGCGUGGAGCAGCCAAGCACUAGACGGCAUGCUGACUCUAACCGUGGCUGCAUCUGUUCAUGUGCCGCGCCCCAAACAAAAGCCUGAAUGUCUGUGGUUUGCUUGUUCCAACCCCUGCUUGUUUGAGCAUUUUUUGUGCCUUGUGACAGAACAUCCACCUUUAAAAAUCCUGCGUCUUGCAUCACUAAAAUGAACCUAACAAUGAAAGGCACGCAGUUGACUUUUUGAUUCCAAGAUUAUUGAUUGAAUUGGAUGGGGUUUUUUUUAUUUUUUAUUUUUUUAUCUUUUGGCGUUAAAUUUUUCACAGGAAAAUAUCACAUGGAGAGGCAGGGAAUAGGAAGGCAAAAGAAACAUAGAAGCUAUCUUUUUUUUUUUUUUUAAUGUGUUGCUUCUCAACUUUUUCCACCACUGCUCCCAUGCCUGUUUAGUUUGUUACUGCUGCUCUUUUUUCUUUCUGUAUCUAUGCCUUUUUUCACAGUAGUCCUUGGCUCUGCACGGAAUAAAUGAUACCCUCAAAUCUAAUUGGAUGUGCUUUCGCCUUUGCAUGUAAGUACAGUAGAAAGAAACUUUUGAGAUCUUUUUAAAAUUAGGGACAACAGAUGGGGUGGGUGGGUUCUUUUUCUUUCUUUUGGCGGGGGUGGGUGAUGAUGUCAACAGCUUUUGUUUAAUAAAAAAAAAAACAAACCAAUAUAUUUAAAAUGGCCAAAUUUAUAUAUAUGUAUGUAUUUUUUUUU